UUUAUUAGAUAUUUAGCCACUGGCUGUUCAUUUUCUGAACUUCGGGUAAAUUUCAAAGUCGGUGCAAGUACCGCCCGUGGCAUAGUUUUAGAAACAUGCAUUAUAAUUUGGGAAAAAAUGAAAGCUUUGUGCAUGCCAGAAUUGACAAGAGAAGAAUGGCUAGAAAUAGCCAAAAUUUACGCAAAAAAAGCCAACUUUCCUAACUGCCUCGGAGCUAUUGAUGGAAAGCAUAUCCGAAUUAGAAAACCUAAGAAUACGGGAUCAGAUUAUUUUAAUUAUAAAGACUAUUUUUCUGUUGUUUUGAUGGCCGUUGUUGAUGCAAAUUAUAGAUUUUUAGUUGUGGACAUUGGUGCUUAUGGCAAAGGUUCGGAUUCACUUGUUUUUCAAAACAGUAAUUUUGGUAAGAGACUUCAACGUGGAGAACUAGAUCUUCCACCACCAUCGAACAUUGAAGGUUACAAUGGAUCAGCUUUUCCUUAUGUAUUUUUAGCAGACGGAGCUUUUCCAUUAUGUGAUCGAAUAAUGAGACCUUUUGGUGGUCAUAACUUAAACAUAAAUCAACGGAUUUUUAAUUAUCGGUUGAGCAGGGGUAGACGAUUUGUUGAGUGUGCGUUUGGUAUAUUAGCCAACAAAUGGCGAUUAUUCCAUACACCAAUUGCAUUGGAACCAGAUAACGUGAACCAUGUGCUUAAAGCAGCAUGUAUACUGCAUAACUUUGUAAGGGAACGUGAUGGUGUCAAUUUUGAAGAUGCGACAUCUUAUCAAGAUUUUAAUGCUGUGGAGUUUCCAAAUAAUACACAUAGACCCGCAAGAACAGUACGCGAUAAUUUUGCAACAUAUUUUAUGAGUCCUGAAGGAGAACUUCCAUGGCAAAUGACAAAAAUUUAAAAAUGAACUUUAAUAUGUUCCUGGUUUUUGAUAAUAAUUAUAAUACUUGUAAUUUAAAAAAAAAAAAAUUCUCUGUAUUAAAUUUAUUUAUUUAUUUUAUUUUAAUUAACAUAAAAGAC